GGUGUGUCUGGUAUAAGAAAUUUAUUACAAAAAAAUAGGCAUCGCUAAUUUUUACGUUACGUGAAAGUUUACGCUACUAGCUUUCAUUCAAGCCCAACAUCGAAAUAUUCCAUCGGGGGAACUUUUUCAUACAAAAAUUGGGUAUGUUUGUUAAGUAGAAAUAGGGAUUAAUUUGGAACCGUUCAUUUUGUAUGGGGAAAAACAGUAUUCUGAAAAAGUUGUUCGAGAUCCCUCGGUGGAUUUUUUUGAGGGACCGUGCAAAUGAAAGCUGGAAGUCUCUAUUUUUGAAUAGCGAAAAAUUUGGCGAUGCCCAAUUUUUUGUUAUAAACCUUUCCCAUACACACGCCGUGAUUUUGCUUAUCGGUUUAGGGCCCUAUCUCUCUACACUUACAUAUGCUCGUUCUUCAGUCGUAACGAAACACCAGAUUAUCAUCCAUGGCCCACACAUCGAGCGUCCACUUCUUAGAAAACAUCGAAAGAAACUAUGGUGCAGGAGCGAAACGCCUACUAAAGGACUACGCAAACGAGACCAGAAAGUUAGGAAAUAGAACCAGUCGGAAGUCCUUCCUGGUCAGAUGCCGUAGAAGGGGAGUUUUUCCGGCACAUUUUGCAAACAGUUUCCGUUUUACAUUCCCUUUAUUGGAAGAAAACGGGCCUUUCUCAAACAAGGUCCAAAGAAGCAUUACGAGGUUCAUGAAAUCCAUCCUCAACAUAGAAAUCAAGCAUACCUAUCACAAGAUAGAACAGCUUCGCAGAAACUUAGCGACAUUGUCUGAUGGCAUCACUGCUUCCGGCAUUCCAGAGGACAUCAGUAGAGGGUUUUUCGAAAGUCAAGCGAAGUUCAACGAGAAAAACAUCCGUGAAAGAACGAACAGGACGAAGCGGAAGUUCAACAACAUCCUGCUACGCUCCAGAGAACAAAACACCGAAGAAAACACAAUGAGCGGAAACCCAAAGGCCAUUCACAACGGAACACAAACGACAAUUCCGCCGGAGACUGAGAUCCUCCUGAGCCUCGGACCGAAGUUUGCCUUGCCGAUGACCGACUUGGAACAAGUCCCGUUCUACCAUCUGAUGGCGGAUGUGGAACAGGUCAUCAAAACGAAUCCAAACACCGUUACCCAGGAUCAAACCAGAUGUGCGGUUGCCAACGUGAUAACAAAUUACAUCCAUCGUAUGCGUAAUAGAAAUAACCAGUUCGAACCGAUUGCGAAAUUCUGCAACAAAGCUGAAGAAACCACUCGAAGGUUUCUGAAGGAUAACCCGAACAUCCUCGUUCUGAAAUCGGACAAAGGUAACAAGACGGUACUGAUGGAAGCCAGCGAGUAUCGAACAAAGAUGCUUGAACUCCUUGAAGACCGAAACACGUACAACCCUAUCCCCGCAGAUCCCACAUCGAGAUUCGAAAGGCAGAACAAUUCCAUCGUUAAACGGCUCCAAAACCUGGAUCUCAUCGACAAAAGAACCACCAGGCAGCUCAUCAAGCACAACUCUGUCUGCCCUAGGAUCUACGGACAACCGAAGGCCCACAAACCAGGUUUACCACUUCGCCCGGUAGUACCAAACACGACAGCACCUUCGUAUAGUCUAUCCAAAUUCGUCGGCAAAAUCUUCCAACGAUCGCUGGUAAGCAAGUACAAUAUUAGGGAUUCGUUCGAGUUCUGUGAGUUCAUUAACAACGUCACCCUACCUGAUGAGCAUGUACUAAUAUCGCUAGACGUGAAGGUGUUGUUCACAUCACUCGUGAUGAGCAGCAUAAUAACCAAAUGGGAUGAAAUCAAACCGAACACGAACAUCUGUUUGGAUCUGUUCUUAGAAAUAGUGGAAUUUUGCAUAGAUUCCAGCUAUUUCAGGUUUGAUGGGCAACACUACGAACAAGUGUUUGGGACGGCUAUGGGCAACCCACUAUCCCCAUACAUUGCAGACUGGGUAAUGGAAACAUUGUUAGAUACGGUUGUCCGAAUGUUGCAAAUACCAUUGCCAUUCAUCCGCAAAUUCGUUGAUGACCUAAUUACCGCCAUCCCACUUAGUCAGCUAAAACAUGUAAUAGAUACUUUCAACAGCUAUGACAUCCACAUUCAAUUCACUUAUGAAUUGGAAGUGGACAACAAAUUGCCGUAUCUUGACAUGCUUUUAACACGCCACAGCGAUCAGAAGGUAACAACGUCCUGGUACCAAAAGCCCAUCGCCAGUGGACGUUUUCUGCAAUAUCAAUCGUUCCAUCCCCUUGGCCAGAAACUAAAUGUAGCUCUAAACUUCGCCCGCCGAGUAAAUCGAUUGUCCACCGAUCUCGACGAGCAGUCCACAAGGAAAAUCAUUGACGAUCAACUAAAGAUGAAUGGAUACCCCAAGCCACUGAGGAGUAGGAUCAUAAACAGAAUGAAUGAACGAAACACGGAUCGUUCCGUCCAACACAGCGCACAAAACCUGGAACAUACCUACCUUUCCAUUGCUAACAUACCUCACCUGUCGAACAUGAUCGACAGGGUCAUCAGGCGGGAGUACACAAACGUGCGACUCGCCAUGUACAACGUACGGAAGGUAAACAACAUGUUCUCCAAGGUAAAAGAUCCUGUAGCACUAGAAAACCAGUCCAAUGUUGUCUACCAUAUACCAUGCUCAAACUGCGAGGCAUCGUAUGUAGGAAUCACAACAAACCGACUGCGAACGAGGAUGAGCGGACACAAGACGCAUUACAACACGUUAGAUCGACUACUGGAACAGGACCACACAGCAACAAGUCACGAAAUCACCAGCCUCGGGGAACGCACAGCGCUAAUGUAUCACAGCAUCGCAGAGAAUCAUCGGUUCGACCUAAAAAGAGUGAAGAUUAUAGACAGGGCAAACAACACACAGACUCUUCAGUUUCUGGAAAUGUGCCACAUAAAAAACAAUGUACACGCAGUCAACAAACGAACCGACACAGAAGGUCUUCAUGCUAUCUAUGCGGGGAUUCUUCACGAAAUAGGGAAGGUAAACAAACCAGAAGAUGAUGAUGAAGAGAAUGGAAACAGAACCAACACACAAACAGACACACCUUGCUAAAUCUUCCUCACUUCACACACUCUCACACAAUCAAACACACAUCAGUUUGUCUCAUGAGUCCGGUCGAAGGAAAUAGCGACCAAAGCGUAGGCGAUAAAAAUAUCGAGAAAAUCGUAGGCGAUCUUUUUUGAAAAGCUGCGAAUCCGACAAAAAAGCUCCACUGAAAGUACAGUGAGGUUCAAACAAAUCGGUACAAACGCACCAUAGCGGACGCCAUCACUCCAUGACUCCGUACAUAGAACAGCCAAAUUUUAAAUCCAACAAGAAAACGAGCAUAUGUAAGUGUAGAGAGAUGGG